AUGGAGAGUACUCAAAAAUGUUUUUCAGACGACUUCAAUGUUGGAUAUGAGUUAAAAAGUACUAAAGAAGUUCCUGUUACAAGAACAGAAACAGCAACGAUAGCAACCACAAAUACAACAACUAGUAAUACUGCUACGUCAAUUAAUUCUAAUCGUGUCAUUUUAAAUCCGACAAAUAAUCUUGCUUGUUUAAGUCAAGCAAUUGUUGAUAUUGAACAUGUUUUAUACAAAAACUGUAUUGAACUUAAUCAGCAUGAAGAAAAGUUAGUUGCGUUGCUGGAAAGAUCAGAAGCUAUGGAAAAGAACGCCAAACAAUUCAAGAAGAUGAACAAAAAGUUAAUUCGGCUGAAAAUGAAACGCAGUCUCCUCAUCACAGGAUCAAUCGUCUUUGGCUCAUUAAUAUUACUGGUAGUGAUACUUUCAUUUGUCAUGUAACAUAUAUGUAUAUC